UGAUUCGCGGCGUUUCGACGACGACAUAUACGUCCUGUUGUCGUCGGCGCCGACUUUAGCGCCCCCUACACGAUAGAUUCCCAAAACUAGUUAAAUCCGGCAUCCUAUGCGCCGGAUGUGGUGAAGUUCGCCUCUUGAUUAAAAAAGCAUGUUUAGGAGGAAGCGAACAGAGGAAGAAGCGAUCAAAACAUAUUCCGAUCUAUCAAACACCAAAAAAAAAAAAAAAAAAAAAAAAAUCGCGGCGAUCGCUUCUAUCCACAAUGAGUUUCCUCUUCGGUAGUCGCAAAACCCCCGCAGAGCUACUGCGGGAGAACAAGAGAAUGCUGGACAGAUCAAUCAGAGAGAUAGAGAGGGAGAGAAUGGGGUUGCAAACGCAGGAAAAGAGACUUAUUGUGGAGAUCAAGAAAACAGCGAAGCAGGGCCAAAUGGCAGCUGUAAAAGUGAUGGCAAAGGACCUUAUAAGAACACGGCAUCAGAUCACCAAGUUCUAUGCACUCAAAUCACAGCUUCAGGGAGUUUCUUUAAGAAUUCAGGCGCUAAAAUCAACGCAAGCAAUGGGCGAGGCCAUGAGAGGUGUUACGAAGGCGAUGGGGAAGAUGAAUAGGCAGAUGAAUCUACCAGCAUUGCAGCGGAUAAUGCUAGAGUUUGAGAGACAGAAUGAGAGGAUGGAAUUGGUCAGCGAGGUGAUGGGAGAUGCUAUAGACGAUGCCUUGGAAGGGGAUGAGGAGGAGGAAGAGACAGAAGAACUAGUCAACCAAGUCCUUGAUGAGAUUGGUAUUGACGUCAAUGAAGAGCUGGUCAAGGCACCGUCAUCCGCCGUUGCGGCGCCAACAGCAGCUAAUAAGGUUGCACAAGCUGAAAUGAGCGGAAAGGUCAAUGGCAGUAUGGAUGAUGAUCUACAGGCAAGGUUAGACAAUCUUAGAAAGAUGUAAAUUUUCCAUACAGAAGCUAAAGCAUCACCGAGAAGGAAACCUAUUCCCUGUACAUAAAAGACACAUUUCUGUCCUGAAUCCUGAUGACUUGCAAAUGAUGUGACUUUGUUAAAGAUCUGUCAUUGGGUGUUUAUUUCAUUUGCUUUCGUCAUUUUGAGUGCGUAGAGUUUCUGGACUUGGUUAGAGAUCUGUCAUUGGGGGUUUACUUUAUUUGCUUUUGUCAUUUUGAGUGCAUAGAGUUUCUGAAUUGUUCCACAACACAAAAUUGAUUCUCUGAUUGCAAUUUA